AUGAGCACAACCAAGUUUAUCAAAUGUGUCAUGCUCGGCGACCGCGCCGUCGGAAAGACUUGUAUGCUCAUUUCUUAUACUAGCAACACUUUUCCCACGGAUUAUGUUCCGACUGUUUUUGAUAACUUCAGUGCCAAUGUAGUAGUUGAUGGCAGCACUGUCAAUCUUGGCUUAUGGGACACUACUGGUAAGGAAGAUUACAGCAGAUUGAGGCCUAUGAGUUACAGAGGAGCUGAUGUUUUUUUAUUGGCAUUUUCUCUUAUAAGCAAAGCUACUUAUGAGAACAUCUUCAAGAAGUGGCUUCCUGAACUUAAACAUUAUGCUCCAAAUGUACCAAUUCUUUUCUUUUCUACUUGUUUUUUUUAUCUUUGA